GCUGCGGCUCUGAGGGAAUCAACACUUAGCAUUAUCCGCAUCGUUAGCCGCGUUAGCAGUGCAGUGUUAGCCGCGUUAGCAGUGUGAGCUCGCUCAGUUCCGCUGCAGCCACAAACACACCUGCUGUUUUCUGUGAAACCUGAUUUCCAAAACAUCGGCGGGAACCAGAAACUUUAUAUAAACCGCGUUCCUGACGCCCGGACUGCCGCAGAGAGAGCAGCGCAGCGCAGCGCAGACACCCAGCCACCCGCACCGAGCGGCGGGGACAGCAGCGCGCACAGGGCUGGGCUGCUCUGAGCUCAGCUUCGCCGCUCGAGUGAAAUAUAAAGAUGGAGGGAGAGGAGUGUGAUUUUUCCUCAGAACCAUCUGAACUUUCUCGCUCCAACAGAGGAAGUGUUUCUUCAUCAGUCACUCGUGCUCAGGAUGUGUUGGUGUACCUGGUGAGUGACGGGGCAGUACAGGUGUGUGUAGAGAAUGUGGGCUGUGUGUGUGUUCAGGAGCUCGGCCGCAGUGUGAGAGAUGCCCUCAACAUUCCCGAUUCUGCUCAAGAUGUGUUUGCCUUCUGGCUGUGCUCAACUCUCCUGGAGCUGCAGUUGAAGCCGAAACACCAGCCGUAUAAAUUGUGCCGUCAAUGGCAGGAUCUGCUGUACCGCUUCACUGAUGCACACACAGACGACAUCACACUUGAUGAGCCGUGUCUACAGUACAGGAGGAAUGUUUUUUACCCCAAAUCUAAAGAGCUUCAGGUGGAAGAUGAGAGUGUGUUGCGGCUCCUGUAUGAUGAGGCUAAAUUAAACAUCAUUGAGGGUCGGUACCCAUGUGACCCUGAACACUGGACUAGAUUGGCUGCUCUGUCCUGUGCAAUAGAGAUUGGGGCAGGACUUGAUGACCAGCAGCUCACCUCUGCUAUCAGAGAAAGGAAGUUGUCAUCGCUAUUGCCGGCCCAUGUAGUGGGGGGCCUGGGGACGGGGCUUCUCUCCACCCUGAGGCUGAGGGCGGGGCGUCGUGCUGAACUGGAGCAGAGUCUGCUGAAGGAGUACCACACACUAAACAUGCACACUGAGCCCCGCCCACUCAUCCUUCAGUACCUCAGCAUCUGCCACACUCUGCCCUAUUACGGGUGUGCGUUCUUUGUGGGUGAGAUAGAUAAACCAGCUCAGGGCCUGCUGCAGCGUGGAGGGCGUAAGGCAGUGAGUGUGGGGAUCAGUCUGGAGGGAGUGUACGUCAUCGACAUUAAGGAGAAGCAUGUGCUCCUGGGUUUGCGGUUCUCACAGUUGUCAUGGGAUCACACGUACCCUGAUGCUGAGGGAGACGCACACAUCCUGUGGCUGGAGUUUGAUGGAGAAGAAGAUGGAACACCUGUCAAUAAAUUACUGAAAAUUUACUCUAAACAGGCGGAGUUGAUGAGUGGUCUGAUUGAGUUCUGUGUGGAGUUGCGCUCUAUCGGUGAUGCGGCUGCGUCCCAAAUGGCUUCGGCUCAGGAGGAGAGUGUAGAGGGAGCGAGGGGGCGACGGGCGGGGAAAGUGCGCAGGCAGAGCAGUGUAGUGUGCAGCAGAGUGCACACUCUGAACACCAUCAGCUAUGUGGAUGACGGUAAAGAGAUAAAGCGUCUGAAACCGAAGAGAGCAGCAUCCUUCUUCAACAAACAAACUCCUCCCUCUUAUGCUGCUGUUCAGGUGACGGAAAACCUGGAGCAGAGCUGAAACACUGCCCUCUGUAGAGCAGAGACCAAACACACACACACACCAUGGCGAUGAACUGAAGGGACAGACAAACUGGACCAAGAUCAUGUAAUGUGUGAGUAACAGGUUCCAGCACCGUGUUGAUGCUGAGAUGUUCCUCCACUAUGCAAACACCACUCAACCAAAUAGAGAAGAAAACUCGUGAAACUGUCUCUCUUACCAGUGUGCCAGUGUCUCUGAUCUCUGUGUGUUUUCUCACAUCAGUGCUUUAUCCACUCCUCACACACACACGUGUUUAUUAUCCACUCCUCAUGCAACACUGCUGUUUCACUAAUGUUUUUUCAUCUAAUAAUCUCACUCUGACCCAAUAGAAGCUGCAUCCCAAACUGCAUGUUUAAUACGGUCUCCUCAGAGAGAAUACAGUCUUCUGGGCUGGGUCUCAAAUCUCCGUAGUUCUGAGUAAAUGACAAGUCACGGAACGACUUUUUAAGGAACAGUUUCACACUUGUCCAAUUGUACAUUUGUUAAAUUGUAUCAACUCAGAAUAUAGAAUAAUUACACUUCUCUAAUUGUCACAAAUGGACAAAAAUGUUUAUUGAAUAUAAUAAUCUUCUGAGAAAUGGCCAGAAUCCCAAACUGUUGGUGCACUCGGUGUGCACUGCCUAAAAUUUGGGGAUGGGGUGUUUUAUGACUUUGUUUGUUUUAAAGGGUAUAAUCUUCAGUGUUCCAGAGCACACUGCUGCACUUUGUGCUAAUUGUAGUAACUCUGUGAUGUGGAUGGCUGUUCUGACAGUCUGUAGUGCAGCAGUGUGUAAUUUGGGAUGUAACCAUAAAUCUUUACCUAUCUGUUCAUUCCAAAAAAAGAGAAUAAUUUCAUGCACAUGUAAUGAGUCUCGUAUGCCGAUGGAAUUAUUACAGAAUGUACAUUUUAAGUAAGAAAUGUUUACAGCUGGCUUUGUUCAACCUCUUUAAGCCUCACUUGGCGUUGUUAAGGUUAAUUUUCAUUGUUUCAUCAUCUGAGUGACCUGAAUGUGGAACCUUGAGCUUGAAAGGUUUGUGUGAUUUUUCUGUCUGAGGCGAUGAGACGCUCUGAACCUGGCACACCGCUGUGAAUUUAACGCACACUGUGGACUGUGAAACGUUCAGAACGCUCCACCUGACACUCGGAGUUUCACACAGGCUGAUUCACUGCUGAAAGCCUGACUGUGGUCAUCACAUUGGCAGGACUUUUAUAUGAAGUUGUAAAUAUCUUUAUCCUGUUCUAAUUUAAAGACCUGAGGCUGUUGUGACCAAUAUAACCUGCUUUUGUAUUUACACUCUGUGUUUCUGUGUAAAAUGAAGCUUUAUAUCUCUGAAUGUUCCAGUUAAAGAAAUGAAACUGGACAGAAUAUUCAUCAUUCAAACUAAUUUUUAAUCAUCACUGGAUGUUUGUGAGGGUAUUUUUCUUGUUGAGGCCCCCCCCCCCCCCCCUUCUGUGUUCUUGGAAAAAAAUGCACUACUAAUACGAGUGUAAUCGAAGCUAACUAUAUGCAGCAUUAUAACUGUUGCACUUUGUACUAAUUUCAUUACAUGUAUUGGUGGGUUUUUAUAUGAAUAUUGAAAUAAACUUGCCUACAUUGA